CUUCGAGUGAGUGUAGAGGGCACGGAAAUGAAAUGUCCGACCCAAACAGAUGCACAAUUGAGGUGGACACAUUAAUUGUCACACGCGAAGACGCAGUCAACAGCCAGCACGACCAUCCAUAUCCAUCGCAGCCCCGCAACCAUUCUCACACCGUCUCUUGGGUGUCUUGCUGCCGCUUCGGCCUUUUCCGUUUCUUCUUUUUGACCUGCACAUUGACACAUGGAUUGGAUUGACACAGACACGAGAGAGCGUCGAAAAAAGUCGGGCAUGCAGCGAUGGGCAGCUUUCUUGGCGUCAUGCACUGCACUGGUGCACCGACCUUGUCUUCUUUGAUGCCAUAUGCUUCCAGCCGAGACCGCGUGACGCCUGAUCGAGGGAGGCAUGCCCACAGACACACAGAUACAGAAAGGUUCUCACACACGACAGGCGCAUGUACAGGAGCGUUGAGCACCUUUCGACGUCAUUUCGUUGUCCAUCUUGCCAGCCUCCUGUGGCCUCUCCUCUCCCUGCUUGCGCUUCUUCUUGUGGUGAGGCGGGCCGGCGGUUGGCGGCCUGGAGGAGUGUUUGGCAGGCGCGUCUCUGCCAUGCUGCUGCUGCUGCUGACGAGGUUUGCGGGAGCUGCCUUGGAACCACCGAUUCUUGCCCUGAUCAACGGAUCGAGGUACAGAUGACAGACAGGUGCAUCUGGUGGUGAGGCAUGGCUGUUGUAGUGUGUGGCCGCGUACCUGUCGUUGUCGGUCUGCUGGGAGGUCGUGCCUGUAGGUGGCCAGCUUCUUCAGCGAGACCACCUGGUUGAGCUCCUUAUCGUCCCUGAAAUACACACACAGGUACUCUCUUUGUCAGUCUUCUCGUCGUGUUUCUGGCCUACUUGUAGAGUAUGUCGCGAACCGUCAGGCCGUGGCUCUCCGGAUGGACCUGCGAGUAGUAUGACACAAUGACAAGAGUGGGCCAGGCUGCAUUCGUCGCGUAGCUUCUCACCUUCUCGUACUUGAACCGCGUUGGCAAGUCGCCGCCUGAGUACAACGGUUGCACACAUACAACAAGGCCAUCCAUCACACCACCACAUGAGAGAGAGAUCUUGGCAAUGACGCGAUGUGCGCACCGAUGAUGUCCUCAUAGUCGAGCUGGAAAUACUCAUCCAUGACAUCGUCCAUCGCACCCUGCAGCGCAGUGCAGUGCAGACACCCACACAAUCAGACAGACACAUGUCUGCCCGCUUGUUUGUCGCUUCUGCCGGCCGACCUUGACGGCAGCUGGGACCCUUUCGACGCCCUUCAUGUCGGCGGGCGGGUGGCACUUCUGCGGCACCUUGCGGCGCACCAGCUGGUGGGGAUGACGGACGUUGCUGAAAACACCCACACGCACAUGUGGCGAGCCAUAGGUCAUUGCACUGUGAUCGAAUGCACCGCCGCACACGCACACACACGUACGCAGAUACAUACCGGAAGCAGACUUUGCAGAGGGUGAAGUUGUCGCACGUCAGACAGUCAAACCUGAGCGAGCAACACGAUAGGAUAGACAUACGGAUGGAUGGAUGGAUGUAUCCACAGGCACUCCCUCUCUCGCCCAUACGGUAACCUUUUCUGCCCGGCCGGUAUGCCCUUGCCGCACUGGUCGCACAUCCACCACUCACCGACCUCCUCCUCGCCCUGCUGCUCCUCGGCAUCGCCAUCGCCAAUGGGAGCCUCGCCCUGAUCCUCGCCCUCACCUUCUCCCUCGCCCUCCCAUUCCUGCGCCUCAUCCUCGUGUCCAUCGGCUGCAUCAGCUGUGUUGUCAUGUGGGUCACGCUUCCGUUUGCGGCCCUUGGUGGCGUCGCUGUUGCCGAGAAGGUCGUCAAAGCCACUGGGGGGCUGGACUGAGGAAGCGACCAACAAGGAGAGGGAUGCAUGGAUGGAUGGAUGGAUGUGUUGCUGCUGACUGUCUGUCUGUCUGCUGCUUACGGAGCUGUUUGUCAGGGACCUCUUCUUGACGGUCGUCGUAAUCGUCACCAAAGAGGGCCUGAUGGUGCACGCACGGAAUGCAGAUAAGGGCAGCAGCGAUCUGUCCCUGCUGAUGUCUGGUUCGUUAGUUACCCAUUCACCGAUCCACCGACCUUCAUGGUGGCUUCGUGUUGCGCCUCGUCCCAGUCGCUCUCCAAAUCAAUGCCCGACACAUCUGAAUGAACACCGCACACCAGAUGUCCACACCAUAUCAUGAUUCUCGUCUAGGGGAGCUGUCUGUCUGUCUGUCUGUCCGUCCGUCCGUCGGUACCAGCGUCUUUGUUGCCGGUGAUUUGUGUGAUUUGUCUGAGUCUCUCCUGGAUCUCCUGCUUCUUGAGGUUCUUGAGGCGCUUCAACUCCUCGUCACGACGAACCUGACAGACACCACACAGACACCAAGCGGAUUCAUUCCUUCAUGGGUGCAGCCAGCUGUGUGCUUGGGUGUGUGCUGACGGACCUUUUCUUCUUGCUUCCUCUGUUUCUUCUGUGCCCUCUGUUGUUUCCGCUUGUCGUCUCUCCGUCGGACGGACGCCUCGGGGAAGCGCGGGUGGCUCUCUAUCUGCCCCCCGCCCUCCUCCUCGUACCUGCACACAGACAAGCAGACAGACAAGCAGCCAGGCAGUUAGUGGGAUGUGGGUGGGUGCGUCCGUGUGUGUACCUGAAGUUGUAUUUCCUCUCGAAAUCGUCGACAUCCUCCAGGUGCUCCUCCUCGGCAUCCUCGUCAUCGCCACUAGGGACACACAGGCACCAACCCCCCCCCCCACACAAGGCUCAUAUGAUAGAUAUCGUGCCCCCUCGACCCAGCUAAGCAUACAUACCGCCUCCCUGUGCUUACUCUUUCGCCUGCGGCAUCCUAUUGCCCUCCAGCCAGCUGAUGACGACAACACAGCGUGCCAGUCAUUUGUGCGCCGAAACACACAUGUGUGUGUGCGUGCGCAUGACUAACCCCCUGUUGAGAAUGUAGUCUCGCAGGAAGACCUCGUUUGAAUCCAACUCCUCGUCAGGCGCUGAACACACACCACACACCACACACCACACACUGAAUGACUCCUCGCAUGAAGGCCCCGCCCCGCCCCACCCUGCACCCACCCACCCCAGUAGUGGCUGAGGCUUUGCAUCUCAUCCUUCGGUCCCUUCCUCGACUCCCGCGACAGAAACCUCUCGUAGUCCCGCUCCUCCUCCGCCUUGUCGGCCGCGCUCUUCUCCUUGAGCUCAAACAAAUCACCCUCCUCAGAGCCGCUCGCAUCGUCGUUGUCAUCCUGCUGCUUGGUGGCAGCGUCGAGGAAGGCCUUCUUGAGCUCGUGCUGCUCCUCCACGUAACUCCUCUCGUUGGUGGCCGCUUCCGUGUGUCGGCUGUCGAUCUGCUCCUCCUCGUGGGUGAACGCCUCUGCGCCGCCCUCCUCGAGCGUCUUGCGCACCAGGUCCUUGUACGUCAGCGGCUUGGCCUUCUUGUCGGCUGCUGCCGAUGCAUCCUGCUCGUCCUGCUGGAAGUCCUCCUCGCUGAAGAAGGUGUGUUUGGCGUCAUAGAUGGCGGGAUCCUUGCGCUUGAUGCGCUCGAGUGUGUCGAAUAUCUUGCCCUCGAGCUUGUCUGUCAGCAGCUCGGCGUCCUCGUCCUCCUCCUCAGAGGUGUCAUCUUCCUCGUCCUGCUGCUCGAGCAGCUUCCGCGCCUUGCUGAGCUCCUCCCGCCGCUUGCGAACCUCGUACUGCUCGGCGUACCGCUCGUUGAUCCGAAGACCGUCGGACGGGUCAGUGGCGCCGUCCGCGUCGCCCAGGAUGUCAUGCCGGGGCUGUUUCUUCUUGGGACGAGGCAUGCCGAUGAAUCGGAAUCGGAACAGCUGAGCUGAAAUCGCAACAGCGGGGUUAUGAAGAUCUUGCAGAUCCGCAUGC